CAGUUACUACUGAGUUAUUACAAAUUGAUAUAUUUCCUGUUAUUUAAUUACAUACAAAGAAGAGAAAAAUGUUAGACCCUGCCUUAAGUUUUAUUGUUAAUUUUAUAAUUACUUUCUUAAGUUCGUAUAACACUUUUGGAAUCUACGUCUGUAAUAAUUAUAGUAACAAAGCUUUUUUCUCCUCCUACAUCAUUUCCGCUUUAAUUUAGGACGACCGGAAGUACGGUGUUCGCUUCUUCCAGACUAACUAGAAGUUCAUUCAUUCAUUCUUAGUUCUGGACGAAAUUUAACUGUGACUACUAAAAGUUCCAUGUUAAUUCCCUAAAGUCAGGUGUGUCGCUGUGAUUGGGGGACAUUUAACUUGCGUGCGUGACAGCAGACAGUAAAACACGCAGAUGAAAACAGUCGUGACGUCAGUGUCUCUCCGUUUUUAAGGUUUGUAUUUUAACACCUGUUCAUUUUCCAUUUCCAUUGUCUCUGUUUAGUGUGUCCUGUUUUUCUGUGAGUGUGUGAGUGCGUGCAUGUGUGUGAGCAGUCAUGUCAGUGUCAGUGAUCAUCAAGUGGGGAGGUCAGGAGUACUCCAUCAGCUCCCUGUCUGAGGAGGACACAGUACUGGAUCUGAAACAGUCCAUCAAGAGCCUGACCGGGGUCCUGCCGGAAAGACAGAAGCUGCUGGGACUAAAGGUCAAAGGUAAACCCGCAGAAGAUGAGGUGAAAUUAGGUUCUCUGAAGUUGAAGCCUAACACCAAGAUCAUGAUGAUGGGAACCAGAGAGGAGAGUCUGGAGGAUGUCUUAGCCCCUCCCCCCGAGAACGACGACGUCAUCAAUGACUUUGACAUUGAGGAGGAGGUGAUCAUAGUGGAGAACAGGGAGGAGAACUUGGCUAAAAUUGCCCGUAGAGUCAAAGACUAUAAGGUUGAGCAGAUGAAUCCUCCAAGAGAAGGGAAGAGGCUGCUGGUGUUGGAUGUGGAUUACACACUGUUUGAUCACAAAUCCUGUGCAGAGACAGGUUUGGAGCUGAUGAGACCUUAUCUUCACGAGUUCCUGACGUCAGCCUACGAGGAUUACGACAUAGUCAUUUGGUCUGCCACCAGCAUGAAGUGGAUCGAUGCCAAAAUGAAGGAGCUGGGGGUGACAGACAACCCCAACUACAAGAUCACGUUCAUGUUGGACAGUGCAGCCAUGAUCACAGUUCACACUCCAAAGAGAGGAGUUGUUGAGGUGAAGCCCUUAGGUGUCAUAUGGGGGAAGUAUGGAGAAUUUUACAACAGGAAGAACACGAUCAUGUUUGACGACAUUGGACGGAACUUCCUCAUGAACCCACAGAAUGGACUAAAGAUCCGACCCUUCAUGAAGGCUCACCUGAACAGAGAGAAGGACCGAGAGCUCUAUAAACUGGCUCAGUACCUUAAAGAAAUAGCCAAACUUGAAGACUUCAGUGGACUCAACCAUAAACACUGGGAAAGGUACCUAUCCAAGAAGCAGCAGCACCAGCACUGAGACUCUUCCUACAACCAGGACUGUGACUGGACGCCUCCAUCCCUCCGUCAUCAUGUUCUCAGGCUCAUCCUAAACUCACUGUGGUGAUUAACAGUUCAUUUCCAACUUCACUGCAGAUCCUGCAGCCAGAAACACACACACACACACACACACGCAGGGCUUCCAAGUUGAUACACGUGCUUGUCAUCUUCAUCUGACUCAUGAGCAGACUGAUUUUGGGUUUUUUUUUUUUUUUAAUCUUGUUUGCAUUUAACAACAACACAAACUUCAUCACUGUUUGUACUGAGUUUGUACUAAGACAUAGGAAGAGAAAGGGGGAGAUAAAGGGAGAGAGAGAGGGGGAGAGGCAGUCUCUGACCAGUGAAAU